UUUCUUUACAUUGUAAAGAGCGCAGAGGUCAGCGGUUCUAAUGACCAAAACCAAUGCCCAUUUUUGAGGUUCGUCAGAAGUGCCCCUUUAUUUUGUGACCAACGCGAACACCCGUUAUGCCAUAAAUCCCCAGAAAUGGCACAAAUUGCCCACCGUAGACUCGGAAUGGAACUACAACCACUCAAAGCUUUGAAACUGAAUAUGUUACACCAAAACGUAAAAGGGACAAUGCUGCUAAAAGGCUUCCAUACAUUGGAAUGCACUCGGCAGAGGUUUCUGCAUCUGUCAGAUCAAUAAUAACAGUGAAAACUUUCAAAACAUUUCUGAGAUGACAACAGGCUCUCACCGGUAAAAAACAUAUGCCGGCUUAACAGAAUCAAACACAGUCUCAGAGCAUUGUGGGUAUCACAGUUGUACAACCAUUUCAGCGUAACAACACAACACAGGAACAGGGUACAACAUCAGUUAACUAUUGCUUAUAAAAUUUAAAUAAUAGCUAGAGGGUAUACUCAGAAAAAUCUACAGAUGUCGAUACAGUAGAAACUCUAGGUUCGAGGUGUAACCAUGGAGAAGGGAGCACAAGAGCCCUACCGAAGGGCUGGAGGCAUCCGCAGACACAAAUGUUUGUGACUGUAGUACAUCUAUGAUGAUCCGAUACUCUGUUGAAUCCUUUUUCCCCAUAAAUCUUGCCUACGACAAACCUUUGGUUCCCUGACUGGACUCGCCGGCGAUCUGCGAGAUUCCGACUGCCAGUCCUGGAUUUUGUGUCAUUGAACAACCCUGCUUCUCAAGAACCCUCUGAUUCUUGGAAUGUUGCUGUUGUUUCACAACCCACUCGGUUUCCAGAACUGUCUCCUCUUUGUAGGUUUUCAGGAUAUCAUCUGUUGGAAGUCUGGGUUCACGUCCAAAAAACAAGUAGGAGGGCAAGAAACCCGUGAUGGCAUGAGGUGUAACAUUAUAUGCAUAGACCAUCUCAGGCAACAGCUAGGGCCACUUCCUCUUCUGUUCAGUUGCUGAAAAUUCAGUCAGCACUACAAGUGAGAAAAACUACCCUUCAGAGAAUGACGAAACAGUUUCAAUUCACAGAGACAGAACAAGCCAAGGAGAAUUCUGCUGAUGAGGAAACAAAUCAUUUAUUUCAAAAGAUAUAUCCUAUCCUGAAGGCCAUCCACAGAGAGGAGGUGCAGGCGUUAGAGCUGAGGCGUCAGCAUGAGCUGGUCUCAGUGAACACAGAGAAAGAGUUAAUACGACAUAGUCUGAAGCAAGUUUGUGAGAGAUGUGGGGGUGAAGAAACGACAAGUGGCCCUAACAGAUCGAAGGUCCUGACUUCAUGGGUACAUGAGCUUCAGCAGUUGUUAACAGAAUCAGAUUCUUCAGGUUACAGUGUUUUUGAUUUGAAAUUCUCACUUGGGUCAGGAGAAGGAACCAAAGGCAGCACAGAUGCUGUAUCAUUUGGAGUCAGUGUCCAAAGUUUUGCUGUUUGGGUGUGCAUCAAGGUUGUUCCCAACAGCUUACCCUGCGAACUGAAGGUGAGCAGUGACCCAUACAUCCCUGGAGUAGAGGAAGACGUGCAGCAAGCCCACAUCCACCAAAGACCAGUCCACACCAUCCUAUCCUUUAUCUCAUCCAUUGUCAUGUCAGACAUUCUGCCAUUUUUGUAAUUCUUAUCGUAUAAUAAAACCUUCAAGA